UCGGAAUCAAAUCCGUCCGCGGGUCUCCGUGACAUCCACCGCCUCAUCGACGAGUGCCAUGCAGUGCUCCAAGCAGACCCGUCCUGUCUGCAUACGCGCGCGGUGCGGGGCCACGCCUGCAUGAAGGCCAAGCUCUGGGACCAGGCCGUGCGUGACUUCUCCGAGCUGCUGCGCAGCCGACCGGACGACGUCCACGGGCGGUUCAGUCGCGGCAUGGCUCUCUUCCAGAGCGGCCGCGUGGACGACGCGCACCGGGAUUUCUCGCGCGUGCUCGAGCUGAGUCCCAACCACGUGAUGGCGCGCUACGCUCGCGCUGGCUGCUACAACUCCGAGGGCGAGUUCAACCAAGCCAUUCAGGAGUACACUCUGGCGCUGCAGCACGACGAGAUGGAGAGCGCGGGUGGCUUUCGCAAUGAGAAGCGCCGCAUCGGCAUGCACGAGAGCGCCGAGCACCUCAUCCGCAAGACCUUGGGGGUCUCGGCCGUCUCCCGUCUCCGCAGCGCUAAU